AUGUCUGACCCUUAUGCCCAACACCCACACCACGCUCCUCCUGGUCCUGGACCCGAGGCGAACUUUUACGCGCCCGCAGACAGCCUGUACCAAAAUCCACCGUAUGAUUAUGAGUCUCAGCAUCCUCAUGCGCAGCAAUUUCCUCCAAAUCAAAACUACCAGCAUGGCUCGCAGUAUGACUUAGCGCAAACGCCGAGGUCUUAUCCCCCCCAAAUGUCGGGCCCGCAACAGGACUACCUCAACCCAGCUUCUGCGGAAGGCUUUGAGCAAGAAAGAAACCGUCGAGGAAGUAACGCUGAUUAUUAUAACGCGCCCACUGACGAACAAGAUCGGGACUAUCCACCAAGCUCUCAUCCCCAAGAAGCCAACAACACUUCCGACAACGAGGGAACUGAGCGCAACCUAGCAGGGGCGCUUGCCGGUGGUGCUGGAGGCUAUUAUUUGGGACACCAAAGUAACCAUGGCCUUCUAGGAGCUGUGGGUGGUGCGAUACUAGGUAACUUCGUGGGAGACAAGAUGGAGGAUAAACCAGAUGAUGAUGAGCAUGAUCAUCACCACCACCACCAUCACCAUGGACAGCAUCAUCACCGUCACAAACAUCAUCAUGGUCAUCGCCAUCAUAGUCAUCAUCGUCAUCAUCGCAGUCAUUCUCGGCACAGUAGCCAUAGCGGCAGCUACUGA